GUGCCGCGAGGGUGACCUCACGAGGGUAUCCUGAGGGUUACCUCGAAAUGCAUUCUGGCCGCUAGUUUUCCCGAGGUGACCCAGUCGGAAGCCCCAGGGUCACCCCCUGGCGCGAAAUCCCAAGGUCACUUGCGGUAGUCUUGGGGGUAACAAUUUGCCACCCUAAUUUUUGGGGCGACCAACAUGGGCAGCAACCGGUGCGACGCGACGUCGGAGAGGGACUACACGGAGGGCGUGGCGUAUGCCAUCGCGGAGCUCUCGCAGAUCCCCGACACCACGCUGUACCUCGACUCCGGCUUCGGCGGCUGGAUCGGGUGGUCGGAGGGCAUGAGGAGGGUCAUUCCGGUGUACAAGAAGGUGCUGGCCCGCGCCAGGCAGAUGAAAGCGAGCGCCAAGAUCCGCGGGUUUGCCUCCAACGUGGCCAACUACAGCCCGCUCUUCGCCUCAGGCUGCCCCGCCAAGGAGAAGUGUCCCCUGGCCAAGAACCCGAGCACGGGCGAGAUGAACUACGACUGGAACCCGUGCAUCAGCGAGCACCUCUUCACUGCCCGCCUCAACGCCUACCUCGCAGCAGCGGGGCUGCCGACGCGGUGGAUUGUUGACACCAGCCGGUCCGGCCGAGCUGGCAUCCGCAACCGCUGGGGCUCCUGGUGUAAUGUGAAGAACGCAGGGAUCGGAGAGCGCCCCGUGGCCAAUCCCUCCAAUGCGCCGCAAGUUGAUGCUCUUGUCUGGAUCAAGCCGCCUGGGGAGAGCGACGGCCACUCAAAGCUCACAUCGACCACACCCCCCGUGGAUCGCGAGUGCAACCCCGACGACCCCCUGGGCGUGGACGCCCUCUCUGAUGCGCCACGUGCUGGCCGGUGGUUCCAGGCCCAGUUCGCCAUGCUGGUUCGCAACGCCAACCCGCCCAUGGCUGCGGGAACAGUGCCCCCGUGCCUGUUUGACCCGCAGCUGAACCCGGUGUGCGCCGAGUAUGACAAGUACUGGGAGGAUGUGGCUGUCAAGUACUCCCCACAGUUCAAGUUUCACCCAAAAGAGACCAUCUGGCCAAUCACGAUCGAUGAGUACCUCACCCACGUGACAGGGUGCGUGGGCAGCACGUUUGAAACGGGAUGGGAAGAUCAGAUCACAUACAACCAGCCGGUCCCUGUCACUCCCACCAACCUCGACACGCUGCUUUCCGAUGGGGCAUUGAAGACCGAGCAGGGCUAUACUGCCCUGGUGUGUGCAGGAGAGGUUGAUGAGGAGACGGACUGGGUGAAGGACUCGGGGCGCAACCCGGCAAAUGGAGGCACCAAGGUGUACACGAUCAUCUAUGAUCCAAAGCCCGACGACAAAGACUCGUUUGUGGAGAUCCAGUAUUGGAUGUUCAACCCUUACAACUACGUCUUCUACGAUUCCCUUGCUGGAAUCUACAACCACGUCACCGACCUUGUGGCGAUCGCCAUCCGCUUCACCAAGACGGGGCAGCCGCAGCGCAUUUGGUACGCGCAGCAUGGCGACGGGCCGGUGUGGGCGUGGGACACCGGGGCUGACUGGGCGGACAGCAGGGCAAAGAACUUUGCCACAGUGCUGGGAACACACCCGAUUGUGUAUGUCUCGCAGGAAAAUCAUGAGCACUACCCUAAAGCCGGCGAUAAUUUCAAUUGCCAUAUGGGUGUGUGCGAUAACACUGGCAACGGAGGCACCACAUGGGCACCCUUUGACAGCCCACAGUCUGCGUUUGAGUUUGUUCACGUCAAGAGCGAGAUGUCUGCCACCAUGCCCAAUGCGGACCGUGCGAAGCUGUUUCAGGGGCGAAACAAGUGGAUGGCGUUCAAUGGAAAAAUCGGUGGAUACGUGAAAGGGACCCACCUUCACACGGGAAUCAACUCAAUAUCGUUUCAGAAGAACCAAGGAAAGGAGAGGCAGCGAUUGGUGCAGGCACGUCGGAUUGAGGUGAUGAGGCAGCAGAGCCACGUGGCAGGGCUGGAGGGGCGGAUCCAGGAAGGCAAGGAGGAGAGGGAGCGGACGAGAACAGCACUGGCAGGGACGAUGGUGACAGCAGCACUGGCAGGGACAUCGGCACAUCAUGCUUGAGAGGAUGAUGGGAAUGUGCAGAGGACGCGCCUCAGCAAGAGUGGGAGCCCCAGCACCGGGUGCUCCAGUUGUUGGCUGCAACGUGCUUCUUAGCCGAAUUCCAGAUGAGCAGGAAGUGCCCCUGGGGAGGCGUGGGAGCCGCAGCACCAUGUGCAGGAAUAGCCGCAGCUACCUGAGCCCUUCCUGUCAGCCUCUGUCCGCUCCUCCGUUUCCUCCAUUCACCAACAGAGCAGCAGGGAGCACGCCUCAGGAGGCGUGGGAGCUGCAGCACCUGGUGCAGCAGCUGCAGAAGCUGCAGGCUCAAAGUCCCGUAAAUGGCGCCAGAAGGGUGCAGUGAGGCAAUGGGGCUCACGGUGCUGUUGAGGGGGAAUGGGCUGCUGGCACAGACCCCUGUUUGUGCACCAAAAGGGUGCAGUGCGGCAAUGGGGCUCAGGGUGCUGCUGAGGGGGAAUGGGCUGCUGGCUCGGACCCCUGUCAGUGUGCCCGCCAGGCUGGCACCACUCAGCAGCAGCAACCUCUCUCUGUCAUGAAUUUGGCAAUUCUCGCUCGCUUUCAUCCUCCCUCGCCCGUGCGAGAGAACAGCUUUUCACGAAAAUUGCCGUGCCUUGGCUUUUCACGAAAAUCGAGGUCGACAAACUUCGGUAACAAACGAGCCCGAACGAGGCGCGCUAGCUAGUUUUAUGUGUAUAAACACGCCCUUUCCCAUAAAUCUGAAUUUAAUCGCGCGGGCAGGUGUUUUCGCUGCCGAGGGCCAGCAUCGCAAAAAAUGUAUGCUCGCAAAACGAUUGCGUAGCAUUCGCGCAAAUGCUUUGCAAACGUUUUGCGAACAUGUGGGUGAAAAUUCAUGGCGGACUUAGAUUAGAACACUUGGCGAAUGCUUUGACAACAUUUCCCGAAACACUUUUUGGUUCACGACAGCGAAUGCUUAGAGGUGUCUUUUCGGUAAUCUCCGUGGUUCGUUUACAAAUGCAUGGCGUUGUUCUUUCUACAACUUUUGUAGUAAACAUGUGAAUGCAUAGAGAAGUUUAUGCUCACCAUUUUUAGUAUUCAGCAUGAUUUGUUGCAAACGUUUGGC